UUCUGCUAUGGCAAAGGGAGAAGGAGGCGAACAAUACUCCAGCGCCAGUUUAUUGAACAAACCGCUCAGCUCGGAUGGCAUCAAACUUGCCAGGAAGGUGGGUCCAUUCAUCGCGUUGCUUCAAAUAUCUGGUUUACUGGCAUUUCCCUGUGUUAGUCACCUCAUCCCAUAGGACGAGGCGAUGACUGAACAAGAACAUUUCAUGCCUUGAGUAUGACAGUGGACGGCGCACACCGCAUGAGAAUAGUAAAAGCUUGUCAAUCUGCAACAAGUUGAGCUAUGCCGUUGGUGGAGCACCCUACCAGAUCACAGGAUGCGCCUUGGGCUUUUUUCUGCAGAUUUAUCUACUGGAUGUAGCUCAGUAUUUGAGGUGGCAUUUACAGGCAUGAGGGCAUGGAGCUGUACCUGAUCCUUCCUUGUGACCACCAAAGACUACCAACUAAUGGUCUGAUUGUCCUGGAAAAAUGAAGAGCUGGAUCCCUUCUAUGCCUCCAUCAUUUUGUUUGUGGGCCGAGCAUGGGACGCAGUAACAGACCCCACAGUGGGAUUCCUGGUCUCCCGUAGCCCAUGGACACGUUUUGGACGCAUGCUGCCCUGGAUCCUGCUGUCAACCCCUCUCGCUGUGCUUUCCUAUUUUCUCAUAUGGUAUGUUCCUCCCUUUGAGGACGGCAAAGUCAUCUGGUACCUUUUCUUCUACUGCCUCUUCCAGAGCCUUCAGACUUGCUUCCAUGUGCCAUACUCUGCCCUCACCAUGUUCAUCAGCUCAGAGCAGAAAGAGAGAGACUCAGCCACUGCAUACCGGAUGACGGUGGAGGUUCUGGGCACUGUGCUCGGUACAGCUAUCCAGGGGCAGAUAGUAGGCAUGGCCAACGCGCCCUGCCUCCCAAGACCCGGUGACAUCCUAGAAGACCUGGACAACUCGUCAAAGUCUGUUGGACUCAAUAACUCAGAGCCUGUAAUUUCCCUGGAGCACACGAAAGCGGCCUACAUGAUCGCCUCUGGUAUCAUCUGCUUGAUAUAUGUCCUGUGUGCUCUUGUUCUUUUCUUCGGUGUGAGAGAGCAAAAAGAGUCUUGUCGUCUCAGGUCAGAGCCCAUGUCUUUCUUCCAGGGAAUUAAACUGGUGAUGGGACACGGGCCAUAUGCCAAACUGGUCAUGGUCUUCCUCUUUACCUCACUGGCUUUCAUGCUCCUGGAGGGAAACUUCGCUCUCUUCUGCAGCUCCACGCUGGGCUUCAGAAACGACUUCCAGAAUGUUCUGCUGGUCAUCAUGCUUUCCGCUACUCUGGCCAUCCCCUUCUGGCAGUGGUUUCUCACUCGCUUUGGGAAAAAGACGGCGGUUUAUGCUGGCACCUUGUCUGUGGUUCCCUUCAUGAUACUGGUGGUGUGUCUGAAGAGUAACCUGAUUGUUACCUACAUUGUCUCCUUUGCCUCUGGGGUCGGAGUGGCCGCAGCCUUCCUGCUGCCCUGGUCCAUGCUGCCUGAUGUUGUCGACGAUUUCCAAGUGCAAAACCCUAACUCCACUGGCCAUGAAGCUCUCUUUUAUUCCUUCUACGUUUUCUUCACCAAGUUCGCCUCUGGAGUCUCCCUGGGGAUCUCCACUCUUAGUUUAGAUUUUGCAGGCUACAUCACUAGAGGCUGCUCUCAACCAGAGGAAGUGCAUUUAGCCUUGAAAGUGCUGGUAUCUGCUGCCCCCAUAGCUCUUAUCAUUAUCGGCCUGGUCAUAUUGUACUUUUAUCCGAUUGAUGAGGAGAGGAGGCAAGGUAACCGGAAACUGCUACAGGAACAGAGGGACAAUGAGACAGAUUCAGAAACAGACUUGACAGAGCUGGCCAACGUGGCCUAGGACAUUUUAGAAGGCCCACGGACCAAUUGGGUGACGGACUGGCAUUUUGCACUGGGCAGGACCAACGCACCUGGGCCUGUCGGAUCAUACAGACACUGCCUUGUUCAGUCACACUGCUGCUGUUCCACGUCUCCAAAGCUCGUUUAAUUCAAAGUAUCAUACUGUCCACAUUUGUGGCAUUUUCCCUGCACAAAAAUCUCUUUCCUCUUCUUUUUUUUUCAGUUAGAUUUCAAAAGCCUUACAUUUUGUAUUACAUCCAACUUCAGAGUAAUGUGGAAAAAUCUUUUUUUUAAAGGUUGGUCUCGAUCUCAGUUCAAAGUGCACAAAACCUUGAAAUGUGAUGGGAUCAUGUUUUGUCAGUGUUGCCAUUGUUGGUGCUACUCACUGGAACUGAACAGUUUCCAUCCUCUUACAUACCACAAUGAACAUUAAUGACCUUGAGCACUGUGCUACAAACUUAUAGUUCAGAGAUGUAAACAUCAUACGGAACUUGAACAAACAGUGGUAAUGCCUUAAUUUUAGUCGUGUUUUGGGGUUAAAAAUUCAAAACUGAUAUUGUGUAAUUUGGACAUAUUUAAAUUUUUUUUUUUUUUUUGUACUUUCAGUUUUGUUCUUAUAGUUUACUGAAACCAGUCGGCAAGUUUCCAUCUCAGUCAGUUUUUUUUUUUUUCUCUAAAGAAGCUGUAAUAUUGUGAUGUUGGAACUAGUAGACAGAGUAACAGCUGUGGUCUGAAUGGCUCAUUUUACCCACCAUAAUACUGAAACCACUACAUCAGUAAAAACAGUUAGUUUGCACACACAGCUACCAUGUUUAUCCAGCAAUUACAUUAUUUACAUUUUAUUUACUGAACAGCUUCUGAAGACAGGAAAAGCCUCUUUUCUCCAAAUGCUUUAAUUUCCUUAAUAUUGAGCAAAACGGUGACUAAAGCUGAAACUUAUUUAGCGAUAUUUGUUAUUUAAAUAUUUAUUAGUUUUGAUUUUACCGUUUUUGAAUUCAUGUUAGCUGGAAAGUCAUGCUUCUCGCAGUAUUUAAAUCUAUUUCAAACCUGUAAGGUUUUUCCAGCUGAAUGAAAAAUGAGCAAAAUAUGGUGGGAGUCAAAUUUUAAAACAUUUACACGCUUUUUAAUGCAUGUUACAGUCGGUACUGUCUUUGCUCCAUAUGCAUUCAAAAAGGGAAGCAUAUAAUUGUGGAAAAAAGAAGAAUGGAAGAUGGGGAAGUGAGCUUGUUGUAGUCUCCCUUGGGUGGUGUUUUUUUUUUUUUUUUUCUUCCUUUGUAUAUAUGUGUGUUUUAUUGAUGGAACCACCAGGAUGCUUUGUGAUCAUCCCAAUCCCUGUCAUUAAAAUUAUGAUUGACAUAUUUCAUAUCUGUUGAUAUGUAAAUGUGUACACACAGUGUCAUAUGUUAUACAUAGUGUUAAAUCUUCGUGUCUGACAACUGAGUGGCACUCACUUAAUUCUUUUUUUUUUUUUUUUUUUUCCAAAACAUUCUUUUACUCUCACUAGAGGGUCUUCACAGGCCUUAGUGGAUACUGUAAAAGCCAACACAGUGCCAUUUUCACCCACAACCCCCCGAUACAACUGAACAUCCUGUAAAUAUCAUCCUGUCUUAUUUUGUCAGCGUUUUGUCUUUUAUGACUCUGUCAGUGAACUUCCCUCAUGACUCUUGAGGCUGUAGCCAAAUGUGUGAUCUUUAAUCCCACAGGGACACACAGAAGCCUUCUGUACAUGCCUCCUGUGCAUAUGUAUAUAUUGUAUGUAAACCUGUAAAUAUCUUUGAUAUUUGUGGCUGCAAGUGAGAUGAACCUAUGUACAUUGUUCUGUAGUUAUUUAAGGAAAAGAUGUUGAGAAUGAAAAAGAGUGUUUAAUAAAUACUAAUUGAUAAGUGUA